GACAGACCCCAUCAGUCCUUGGUUGAGCCGGGUCACAUUACUCAGUCUUUUUCUGAUCAUAUACAACCAAAGUCACCUACAGACACCUCGAAAGCACAGGUUUACAGGUGUUUUGAUUGACUGUAUGACAGAGACACAAUGUCACAGCACUCCUUAAUGACAAUAAGAGAGAGGAAAAUGCAGGCAGCGGCUAUUUGCAGAGAAAUCCAAGGCACUGAUGGGCAAAAAUGACACUUUGAUGUAUGUUUCAUGUGUAAUCACGUGAUCACAUUUGAAAAGUAAUAUGAAGCGGUCCGGGAUGGCUCUUGGCCGAAAGGUGAACACGCCUAAAGAAAUCAUGCUGGAAGAGCUUUCUUUAGCUUCAAACAGGGGAUCUAGACUCUUCAAAAUGCGCCAAAAACGAUCUGAGAAGUACACAUUUGAAAGCACCCAGAAUGCAUCUAUCCAUAUGACUGAUGGUGUGAUUCCUCCUGCACCAGGUAUUGAAAACACAGUUAAUGGUGUAGGAGUUGACCAAGCAUCAAAAACUCCAAACACACCUGACCAACAUACCAUGCCUAAUCCUGACUGUAUAGCCCCAGGUUAUGCAGGUCCCAUGAAGGAUGUUCCAACAGAGAAAUUCAACCGCACAGCUGUUCCUAAAUCCUACUUCUCUCCCUGGGAGCAGGCUCUUAUCGGUGAUCCCUCUCUAGCAGACAUGGUGCAUCUACAAAUGCCUGAAUUUGAGCCCACACCUGAGAUCCCACAGUACAAGAGCUUUAAUCGGGUGGCAACUCCAUUUAGUGGCUUUGGAAAUGCUACUAAAACCCCAGUCAAGUCAGUUGAAGUGAACAUUCUCCCAAGUGAAUCCAGUCUUCAACCCCCAGAAGAUGUGACUGGCCCCAUGCCCUCACGACCCUCCUUCAACAGGACAGCUCUAGGCUGGGCGAAUGAUAAUACCCCUCUGUUCCUUGCCUCUGCCACCCUGGAGCCCAAAUCGUCCAGGUUGCAAAUGUUUAUCCCUGAAUCUGAUGAACUUUGAAUUUCACUUGCAUUACUAAUGUGAUAAAUAUAAUUGAAUCUAAUUUAGGUUGCAUAUUCAAGUAAUAUUAAAUUAUAUGUAAAAUUG